AUGUUUAUGCCGAGAUCACUAAAACUUAAGAGAGCUUCAGACAGUCAGAAUUCAGAGACUAAAAGGUGCAAGGUGAAUCACGAUCAGGGAGAAGUUUCAACAGCAUCGUUAGCAACAACGAAUCCUGAUGUGUCUAAUCAGACGUCCUCUCCAGCGAAUACUCAGGGAGAACCGGACCAGGGGAUCUCGAACACUUGCGCUGACCGACCACAUCCAGAAAAAAGGACGAAUAAUAUAUCAGAGCAGGUUCUGGAACCAGAGGUAGAAGAAGAAGAAGAAGAAGAAGAAGAAGAGCCAGUGAAGUCCUUUAAGAAGAAUCAGAGAUGGCCAGAACCCGGGGAACCAGUUUGUGUCAUGUGUGGUCGGUAUGGAGAGUACAUUUGUGACACUACGGACAAUGACGUGUGUAGUCUGGAGUGCAAAGCCAGGCAUUUGGCUCAAAUGGGAAUGGGUACAGGAAAGGAUGUCUUUGUCCAAGAUCAAGCAGAGACAGAGAGGACUUCCCCAGUCUUGGGCGUGACUCUGGACGCCGGUAUUAGCGUCUUGACUAACCAGAAUCAGGGCUACUCCUACAAGGAGGAUGUUUUUAUUUCUGAUCUGACGGAAGAGCAGGUGAACAGAGUGAAGGAGGAACUUGCCAUACUGACCAAAGGACGGGAUGUGAACAGACCUAUCAUUGAAUUUGAGCACUGCAACUUUCCUACUGUCCUCAGCUCCAACCUGAAGAAGGCUGGCUAUGAAACCCCCACUCCUAUCCAAAUGCAAAUGGUUCCCGUUGGCCUGGUAGGCAGAGAUGUUAUAGCCACCGCAGACACUGGCUCUGGGAAAACAGUUGCUUUCCUUCUCCCGGUUGUAGUCCGUGCUUUGGAGAGUCAGGCAGGAACUCCCUGUGGUCCAGUGGGUCUCAUUCUAACCCCGACCAGGGAGCUGGCCAUCCAGAUAGAAAGGCAGGCCAAGGAGCUGGUGAUGGGGCUGCUGAACAUGAGGACAGCCUUGCUGGUGGGGGGUAUGCCCCUCCCACCUCAGCUUCAUCGUCUCAAGCAGAACAUAAAGAUUAUAAUAGCCACACCUGGGCGUAUUCUUGAGAUCCUGAAACAGAAGGCUCUAACGCUAGACGGAGUGAAGAUUGUGGUUGUUGAUGAGGCGGAUACCAUGUUGAAAAUGGGCUUCCAGCAACAAGUAGUUGAGAUUUUGGAGCAAGUCCCUGAGGAUCACCAGACUCUGAUGACAUCAGCCACGAUUCCCACGGCGACAGAACAGCUGGCUUCCCGUCUCACUCAGGAUCCGGUAUGGAUUUCCAUCGGAGAGAAGAACCAGCCAUGUUCCAACGUUCGACAGAUAGUUCUCUGGGUUGAGGAACCAUCAAAGAAAAAGAAGCUCUUUGAGAUUUUAAACGACAGGAAACUAUACCAUCCACCAGUGGUGGUUUUUGUGGACUGUAAAUUGGGAGCAGAUCUUCUGUGUGAAGCUGUACACAAAGUGAUGGACUUAAAGACAGUGGCUAUUCACUCUGACAAAACCCAGUGGGAACGCAACAGGAUCCUAAAGGGUUUACUUGAAGGGCAGUUUGAUGUUGUGGUCAGUACUGGUGUACUUGGCAGAGGACUGGACCUGGUGAAUGUCAAACUGGUGGUGAACUUUGACAUGCCAGCCAACAUGGAUGAAUAUGUCCAUCAGAUUGGUCGUGCGGGAAGGCUAGGCCACAGAGGUACAGCCAUCACCUUUAUGAACAACAACAAUAAACGUUUAUUUCUGGAGAUGGUGAACAGAAUCAAACCCACAGGGUCCCUGCUGCCUCCUCAGCUCCUCAACUCCCCCCACCUCCAUGAACAACAGAGAAGAGCGAGACAGAAGAGCCAAUACAAGGACGACACGGUCGUAACCCGUAGCAACCUUAUUGACAUCAUCAGAAAACAUGACAGGAGCAGCGCAAAGAAACACUAG